GAAAUAUAAAAAUGAAAAAGAAAUCAAAGAAACAUCAUAAAAAAAAGCAUUACUCGUCAUCAUCUUCAUCUUCAAAAUCAUCUAAAUCUAGAUCUAGAUCUAGAUCAAGAUCAGAAUCAAAAUCAAAAUCUGAAAAAUCGAAAUCGAAAUCAAAUUAAUUUAACAAAGAAAAGAAUGUCGAUCCUCCUAAUUAGGAUUAGUAAUAAAUAGAAAAAAUAAAUUAGAUCUAUUACAAGACCAUACAAAGUUAAUAAAUUUGCUCUUGGAUCUAUGCUUUUUGAAAAUCGAAGAACGAAUGAUAGAAUGGAUAAGAAUGAAGUGCAAAAUGCAAAUACUUUAUUGAAGAAAAUAGACAAAUCAGGAAGAGAUGCUAUAUUAUUAUCAGCUGCAAUAAACACUGUGUAAUAAGAUAACAAAAGAGAAGAGUAAGUAAUUAUUUUCAUUUAGAUACUAAGUUGAAUUAAUAAAUGGAUAAUAUGUUAAGAUUGCCAAGCCAUAUAGUUGUGGUUUCAGUAAUUGUUAAAUGAGAUUUGUGACAACAGAGGAAUUAACAAAACAUUUAAGAGAACAUGACAGAGUUUAAACAAUGAAAAAUACACAAAGAGCUUAGAAGUUUAUGGAAAACUUGUGA